GCAAGGUCUUGGUGGGGAGACCCCUUGACAGUUGGGGGGGGGCAAAGGAGGCAAUUUCCCUGGGGCUUGGACAUUGAAACGGUCUUGGAGCGCUUCAGUGCCAUUCCACGAGGCUUUGAAGGCAGAGGGAGGGAACCAGUAUCCCAGUCCGACUGGUGCUAAGGGCUGAUUGCACCCACGGAAGAGGUGGGGGCGAGCAGUGCUGAUCCCCCGUCCCUUCCCUUGCCCUGAAGCCCGCUGUGGCUGUCGGCUCCACUUGGUGCAGGAACGUGCUGGGUGGGGGAGUCUGGCUGGGCGAGAGAGUGCAGGAGCGGGUUGGAGGUGUGGGGUCUCAGCAGGGGGCAUGCGUGAGGGGGGAAAGCAGUGCAGGGUCCAGGGAUAAGGGGGAUGGUAGGGUGCUUACUUGGCUUCAUGCCCCCUUUGUGCCCAUAUGCCCAGUCAUGCCUCCGCUGCUCUCAUUGUCUGCAGUUCUGGUCAAUGGAAGCAGCGGGGAAGGCCUCCAGGCAGCAGGUACAGCUCCUAGAUGAGGGACUACAGUGCUCCACACGCUGCCCUCCCCCUGAGCACCAACUCCACUCUACCAUUGGCUCUUUCCUGGCCAAUGGGAAGUGGGGUGAAUGGUGCCUGUGUGUGCGUAGAGCACGUUGCACACCUUUGUCUAGAAGUCAGACCUGCUACUGACUGCUUCCAGGAUAUAGUGUGGUCCCAGGUGCUAGAACAGGCAAGAAGCUGGCCUUAGGAUCCCUGCUGCUCUGCUGACAGAGUCGCUGUAGGUAAGCCUGUGCCCAACCCAGUGCCCCAAUUCCCUGCUCCAGUCCUGAGCCCUUUCCUUCACCCCAAAUCCUUUUUUCUCAGCCCCACUGAGCCCAACUCUAGUCAAAAGGUAUAAUUAUGUUGGGUCACAGACAUCAACAAUUUUCUUCCAAGUUGUGAGAAAAAAAAAUUGAAAACCACUGCUCUAAAGGUCUGUUCCUACAGGCACUACAUUUAGGAGCAAGUCUCCCAACCUAGGUUCAUAGCACCCCUUGGCUUGACUGACCCAGACAGAGACUCAACCUGAAGGCAACCUAUGCACAGCUAUUUUUAGGAUGCUAAUACAAGCCCCGCUGGCACAAGUCUGAGACUCCCAUCCCAGAGCCACAGUCUCCAAAGCAGAACACACAUAACGGCUGGUCGUUUGCUGAUAAGAAAAUUAAUUGCAGAAAAACUGUUGAUACCUUGGAAUGAAAUACACUUGCAAAGAACAUCAAAAGGGAAGCCUUUCCUGGUGAACGACAUACUCAGUGUUCAUCCCAAUUUUAAUUUUAAUGUUUCUCAUCAAGGGGAUUAUGCAGUUCUUGCCUCUGAGCCUGAGCUUCAAGUUGGCAUUGAUAUAAUGAAGACUGAUUUGCCAGGUAGUGGUUCAGUUCCAGAUUUCUUUCGUAUUAUGAAACGACAGUUUACAGAAACAGAGUGGAGGGUAAUCAAGUCUAUGAAUAAUGAAAGGCUUCAGCUAGAUAUGUUUUAUAGACAUUGGGCACUAAAGGAAAGCUUUAUAAAGGCCAUUGGGGUUGGAAUAGGCUUUAACCUGCAAAGGAUUGAAUUUCAUGCCUCCCCAUUGCACCUGGAAGUAGGGAAGGUAUACACAGAGACAAAAAUGGUGUUGGAUGAAGACAAAGAAGAAGGGUGGACUUUUGAGGAAACCCGGUUGGAUGAUCUCCAUCAUAUUGCUGUAGCUCUGGGGAAACCAGAAGUAUUUGGACAGAAGGAUUCUAAUGUUCUUCCUAAAGACCCAACCCAGACACAGUUCCAGAUUUUGACUUUUGAUGAUUUAGUUGCCUCUGGUGUUCCUAUAGCACCUGAAGACCCUGCUUAUUGGGAUAACUUUUGUUCCAAGCAGGAGUGCCCAGCACGACAGAAUACUCAUUCAAGAUAAGAUUAUGUUGACAAGAGAAGAAACUGAAAUCUUUUAAAGACCACCUAUUGUUCCUUUGCAACACUUAAUUUGAGUGUAUAUAUACAUUUCCCCUAUGAGACCAAUAUUGGGUUUCUCAGCAUUGCAAAGCUGCCACCUUUUACCCUCUGUCCCAUGUGCUGAGAUCAUUCUAGGCUAAAGAAACUGUGAAGUGAAAGAUCUAAGUUGACCCUGCACCUUUUCUUUUAUUGUGUAAUUUGCCUCUACCUCAGUGUGAAUCUCAUAUCUCCAUGAGUGCCACCUGCAAAUAGCAUGAACACCGUUUCAUUAAUGCUGCUUUUGAUGAGCAAAAAGUGUUUAAUAUUUAAAGAAAAUGUGUUUUCAUACUUAAUUUAUGCUGCUGUUUAAAUUAUAUUAUUGCCUCUCUCAUAUAAUAUAUAGGUUUCUUGUCUCUCGUUUAGAUAUGAUUCUUCAGAAGUGGAUACAUGCCCAGUAGUAAUUCUGCAUUUGCAACUCUGUUUUCUUCAUUUCUGGAGACCCCAAUUUUUAAAUACAUAAGCACUGUCUGCCCUUUUCCAAACAGAGCUAGAGCUGGUGGUGUAGAGUAUUAUAUUGUCAUAUAGACUUCAGAGGGACUUAGGAGAGAGCAAUAGGUGCUCAAAAACAAUUUUAGACUAUUUAUCGUGUUCUUUUCAAAGAAUACUUUUUCCCAUUGUAUAUCCUUUAUUUUGUUCAAGGAAGUCUGGAUACGUGAGGUCAUCUGAAAGGUUCAGGGAAUAGACAUUGAGCAGAAUCAUUACCUCAGAAUAAAAGACUCAAUUCUCUUCCCCUUGUAGUCAAACAAAAUUCAUGUUGACUUCUGUGAGAGCAGGAUUGUGCCAUUUGGCUGUUGCCCUGCAUUCUGACUAGGUGAAAACCUGCUUGUAUUAUAACCUUUAAACUUGCACCUCUGAUGUUAAAUAGGAUUUGAGGCAGGAAGAAAAUGGGUUUUACAGACUUACAUGAGCUCUCAUGCUGCUGGUGCAGAUAAUCACUUUCUCACACUCAAAUAAUACAUGUUACAAUCAUCUUUUUUGCCUGCUUUUACAACAAACUUUUUUGUUGCAUUUGUCUCAGAAGUUCCCUGGAGCUUCUUAUAUUGCUAAAUUGCACAUUAAGCAUACUUUUCAUUAAAAGCUGGACAAAGCACUGAAGUAGAAAAUCCCUUCUUCAGGCUCCACGGGGGUUAAAUUAGAUGAUUCAUUAACUCCAAAUUCAAGGUUAUGUAAAGGUAGAACAACUCCUGUGCCCUUGGUUGGUAACAUAUUCCAGACCUAUUUCAUGCACUAAAAUAACUUGAAUUAAAAUCAAAUAACAGCUAAAAAGAGACAUGUAAUAACAAAUAUUGUCUCCCAGGAUAAGUAGUAUAAUUACCCUUGUGCUGUUACCUGUGAACAAUUAUUAUAACUAUACUUCCAUUUUCCUCAUUAAGUUGAUGUAUUCCUGAAAGUCAUUUUACUUGCUAAAACUGUAUCUUCAUAUAUGAACAUUCACAUAUGUAGGAAUAUUUAACAUAGUUUAAGAACUGAGAGAACUGAAAACUGCAAUUAAUGGUAAAUGAAAAUAAUCUGUUAGUCAAAAAGUAUAGUGCUUUUUUACCUUUUUGAGCAUUGAUUAUAUUUGAAAUAAAACAUGAGAAAUACUCAUCGUAGCAGUUCCAGUAGUAGUGUCUGUUGUUUUCAUGUAACAUUCCUGGGUCUGUUCUGAAGAAAACUGGAUUAAUAGUGUUAAAGACACAUACUUUUAAAUUGAGCUAUUAAUUAAUAAAUAAUUGCUUAAUGCUCUGUCAAUCAUUACAGCUUUACCUUGUAGGUAGGAAUAAAACUGAAAAUUAUGAAUUUCUAGUACUGAAAGUAGGGUGACUAUUGGAUCUUGGUUUAGGAGUCCCCUAAUGGCCAAAGUUGUUCUGUUCAAAAUUAAGGCAAAUUUCUUAAUGGAGAAAUCCAGUAUUAAAUCAGUUGUACCCUG